AUGUUUUCUCCUUCGUCGUCCGCCUUCGUUAUGCUAUCCACGCUGCUCGUCUUUUCAGCCGCGGCCCCUGGUCUAUCUCCCGUAGAGACGACGACAGUUACAGUUACCGUUGACACGUGCGCCACCUCAACCGUCGCGGGCUCUCUGCCCACUAGCGUUGGUACCUUGUCCAGCGCUACCGAUGGCGUUUCCAGCACUACUGGUCUCGUGUCGAGCGUUGCUAGUAGCGCCGUAUCAAGCGUUACUAGUGUCGUGUCGAGCGCUGCCGGUGGAUCUGUGUCAAGCGCCGCUAGUGUUGCGUCGAGCGCUGCUAGUGUCGUGUCGAGCGCCGCUAAUUCCGCGACGAGCGUUGCUGGCUCGGCGACGACUGGUGAUGGCGCUCUGCCGACCAGCGUCCUGUCCAGUGCCAUCGGUGCUUCGACGACGGUGACUGUCUCCGCACCGACUGCGACUGCUAUCCCCGCAAGCCAAUGCGAUACAGGAUCUCUUCAAUGCUGUAACACCGUCAUGAACGCAUCGUCACCUUCCGCCGACUUGCUUCUGGGCCUGCUCGGCAUCGUCGUCAACGGUCUCGACGUCCUCCUGGGUGUUCAAUGCAGCCCUAUCUCAAUCCUCGGGCUUGGAACCGCCAGCUGCAGCGCACAGACUGUCUGCUGCGAGGACAACUCGAACAGCUUGAUCUCCAUCGGCUGCAUCGCCAUCAUUUUGUAG